AUGGCGUACCGUAGGGCACCAAUAUCGAUCCUCACCCUCAAUUGCAAGGGUCUGAAUGCUCCAGAGGGCAGAACUCAUCUCUUAAAAGAACUGAAGAAACAGCACAUCUCGGUGGCGAUGCUCCAGGAAACACAUUUUAGGGAGGGGGUGGCCCCUUCCCUGCGCAACAAAUCAUACCAGAACAACCACUUCUGCAACCACCCUUCAGCUCGCAAAUCUGGUGUGGCCAUAUUGCUCGCAGCAGAUCUUGCCUUUACAGAACUAGACAAGCACCAGGACACGCAAGGGCGUUACCUUUUCCUGGAAGGUAUUAUAGCAGAUAAAAUAUACACAUUUGCUACAAUCUAUGUCCCCAAUAGACAUCAAGCCACGUUCUUGAAGGGAACAUUGACCAAACUGCGAGAUUUCGCGGAGGGUACUCUGUUGGUGGGAGGGGACUUUAACGCCCCCCUGGACCUGACGUUGGACUCAUCCUCAGGUCAUAGCUGUAUCCCCCAAUGCAAUAUUCGAUGCAUUCGGAAUUCCUUGAAUAGCCUGGGUCUGGUCGAUUGCUGGAGGGCCCUGAAUCCAACGGGUAAAGACUUCACACAUUACUCUGCGCUUCACGAUAGAUACGCACGUAUUGACUAUCUCUUCAUUAAACAAGAGGGAUCCUCCCGAUUGCUCAAAGCGACCAUCGAACCGGCAACAUGGUCGGACCACAGCCCGGUUUGGAUAGCCAUAGAGUCACCUCUGUUUCGCCCUUCCAUAUGGACAUGGUGAAUGAAUGAAGCUUUACUUCUGGACCCGACUGUUAGGGAUCAAAUUGAACGGGCCCUGGACCUUUACUUCAGCGAAAAUGAGAAGGAGGGAACGUCCUCCAUAACACUCUAGGAAGCUCACAAGAGCGUAAUACGUGGUACGCUCAUACAGAUAGCAUCUCAAAAAAAGAAGGCGGCCAUUCGAGAAAUGGCAAAACUCUACAAGACCAUCUCAACUUUAGAGUCACAACAUAAACGGCACCACCUUAACGCAACCUAUGGUGAGCUCACGGAGGCUAGAUGAGCAUUGAGAGACCUUAUCGUGAAGAGGCACCUCCGCGCCCUACAGAGCACGAGAGGCUUCUUCUACGCUCACGCUAACAAGGGGGGGGGGUAAGUAUCUAUCCCGACUGCUGAAGGUCACCAGCCCACGUACACAAAUCUGCAGCUUACGCCUUACAUCGGGCGCGGUCUCCCCCUUCCCUCAGGACAUAGCGGAUGAAUUUAGGCAUUUUUACCAAUCCCUGUACAACCUCCAGCCGCACAGGGGGGCAGGACCGAUCGCAGCACAACCAGGCCCUGCGGACCGAAUACCUAAACGCCACCGUCAUGGAAAGGAUUGACCCUAACUCGGCAGUGGCCCUGGACGCACCUAUGGAGGAGCUG